AUGCGAAUCCAUCACCACCAUAUCAACUCAGUCGAGUUUAAGAGUCCAUUUGCUCCACUUCACCUCGCAGUCGAAGAUGAAGCACAACUUGAAGCAGUAGCACGAAUAUUUGUUCAGAAUACUGUUGCACAGUACGAAAAAUUUAUCGCGCAGGAUCAACGAAAAGUCGAUUGUACCCAGUGGAAGCGUAUCAAGCAUGAACGAGACCUGCGUGUAUUCCUGCAACGUCGACAAAAAGAAGUUGAGCGACGUAAACGACGCCACCAGCGACUUCGCAGUAUUCGACCUCGCAACUCUGAAGCUGUCCAUUUCUCAGACUCUGAUUUAUGCAGUUCCAGCGUUGGUAGUCGCAACAGCACUCGCAGUAGUGUCUCCAGCUUAUUUGAUCGACGUACUGGCAGUUUUGCAAGCAAUUUCAGUCAAACCAAUGGCUCCGAGAGUAGGUCACCCGUAUAUAGCGACGAUUCUGAUAGUUUUGUUGGACCGUCGACACUGGAGAGCGUAGAGUUACCAGUUCUUCAGCUCGUCGGCUCUGUGCCAGGAUCGAUGGAUGAUGCAAUGUACGGCUCUCUGGGCGCUACAGUAGACGCCAUGCGUGUGAAAAGUGCUUACGAGCGCAAAAAUACGACAGCUAGUGCUGUACUUGCUACGAUCAAUACUCCGACUACAAAUGACCCGUUUCGAUCUUUAACGGUCAAGUGGAUUGAACAGGAAGGCCCAACCAUCGAUCAUCAUCGAUUCCACCCCCUUCACUACCCAAUCACGUUUCCUGGGGCAGGUACUCGCGAAGAUUUAGUCUUUCUGGAAGCAACUGGUACCACCCGGUUGAUCACAGGGGAGCGAAUCGGGUAUCAAUUGCGCCAUUCGGUCCAUUUUCCCCAGACUCAUAUUCGACAGAACGUGAGACGAGGGAAUAUGUCUACAUGUACCCUCUUUCGCGACGGAGACGCCAAAAGUCUCAAUGCUUCGGAUGGUCCAUGUCGUGGAUCUGUCGAAGUCUUUGCACGUACUUGUUUGAGUGGUGGAAACGCUGCAGUUCGAUCUGCUAUCACCCAAUUGGCAGCCACUGGUGCUGUUGUGCUUUGUGGGCGCAUGAAAAAACUAGCAUGGAUGUUGGCACAGCGUCAGCCGCCAACCCAACACAUGAUGGGUUGUAUUGCUCAUCAAAAUAGCCUUGCGAGUCUCACACACUCUAUUCCACCACAAAAAGGUCGACAUGGAUCGUUAACUGUCACAGUUCCUGCUGCCGCUGCCGCUUCGACAGCAGCUACAGACAGCAAAUUGUGUGUCACGUGCAAGAAACGCGGUCCAUGGUUUCGAGCUUCUAGUAUGAAGAAAAAGCCAACAACAACUUGUCAAUUGUGUUGGCGAUACGUGUGCUCUUCGUGUCGUUUGAAAAAGACCGUCACGAGUUGUGUCACUAAUACAAGAUGCGACGACCAUCAAAUUUCACACGUCAUACAGCGUAACGUGACACUGUGUAAUGUUUGUGUACACCAAUCGAUGGUCGUGACUAGUGCGCGCGAUGUUGCUCGUGAAGAGAUUGAAGCUGAUCCAAAACGUUGGCAAUAUCCAUCCUCAACGCACGCUCGUGAACGGGUUUCCGAUGGAUAUUUACAAGAACAUAUUCAAGCCCAACUCAGUGGCUCUUCUCGCGUCACAAGUGCGAUUCGUCCUGUGUCCAUCGUAUCGAGCACACAGUAA